AUGGCUUCACUCUCACCACAACUUCUGUUAUAUCCAUAUGUGCACACUCUUGUUUCGAACUUGACCGUGGGCUCCUUCCAUACUCUUGCUUCACUGACGCACUACCUGUUCCAAGUUGUUCAUGAGGGGAUCACGUUUUUGGCCUGCACCCAAGUUGAAAUGCCACCUUUGAUGGCAAUUGAGUUUCUUUCUGGGGCAACUGUUGUCCUUUCAGAUUAUCUUGGCAGCUUGAUCGAGGAUUUGAUAAAGGACAACUUUGUUAUAGUCUACGGGCUGCUGGAUGAGAUGAUAGACAAUGGCUUCCCCUUAACAACAGAACCUAAUAUCCUGAGGGAAAUGAUAGCUCCUCCGAACAUUGUCAGCAAGGUUUUGAGUUUUAUCACUGGUAAUGUUUGUAAUAGAUGGAACUUUGGUGAAAUGUGUGAUGUAUGGCGAAGUUCAAGUAAAUUCCAUCUUUCAUAUCUCCCCGAUCUCACUCUGUCAUUUGUAAAUCCUUCCAUUCUUAAUGACGUGAGGUUUCAUCCUUGUGUUAGACUUCGACUGUGGGAAGCAAACCAAAUUCUAUCCUUUGUGCCACCUGAUGGAGAAUUUAAGCUCUUGAGAUACAGGGUUAAGAAGUUAAAGAGCACUCCAAUAUAUGUAAAUCCACAACUGAGCUUGGACUCAGGGACGUGUCUUAUCAGUGUUUUAGUGGGAAUACGAAAUGAUCCUGGGAAGUCAAUUGGCUCAAUAACAGUUCAAUUCUGA